AUGGAAGUUCCAAGAAAGGACGGAGUGCGGAGAUCUGAUCUUCUUGGAAGUGCUACUGAUGUGGUCGUUGUCGGUGCUGGUGUCGCUGGUUCAGCACUAGCUUACGCUCUUGGCAAGGAUGGAUGGAAUGUACAUGUUAUUGAAAGAGACUUGACUGAGCCUAACAGAAUUGCUGGCGAGAUCCUGCAGCCUGGGGGCUACCAUAAAUUGAUCGAGUUAGGACUUGAAGAUUGUGUAGAGGGGAUUGAUGCUCAGAGAGUGUUCAGUUUGGCUGCCAUUUACAAAGAUGGGAAGAAAGCUAUAGUUCCAUAUCCCUCAGAUGUGAGUGCUAGAGGCUUUCACAAUGGCCGCUUCAUCCAGAAACUGCGCGGAAAAGCUGCAUCUCUUAGCAAUGUUGAACUUGAACAAGGAACGGUAACAUCUCUAAUAGAAGAAAAGGGGAUUAUCAAAGGGGUGCAAUAUACAACCAAGACUGGUCAAGAUUUGGCAGCUUAUGCUCCUCUUACAAUAGUCUGUGAUGGUUGUUUUUCAAAUUUGCGGCGCUUUCUCAGCAAUCCAAAGAUUGAAAUUCCCUCCUACUUCAUUGGUUUGGUCCUAGAGAACUGUCAUCUUCCUCAUGUAAAUCGUGGGUAUUUUAUCUUGAAGGACACGACCAUCGUAGCUUUUCCUAUUGGUACUAACGAGCUUCGCUGUUUAGUUGAUUUUCCUGGCCAAAAAGUACCUUCCAUCUCAAACGGUGAAAUGGCUGACUAUUUGAAAACAGUGGUGGCACCUCAGGCAUGUAUAUGGUCCUUCACAUAA